AUGAAACGCACUGCCAAACCCAGUCAUAAUUUCCAAUUCUCUACGUGUAAAAACAAGGAGUAUGCCAAGUUUCGCAAACAUGGAUUCAAGUUCAAACAAGAACUUGAGUUUUGUUUUGUAGGUACUUAUGCUACUGGUGCAUAUCGAAAGAUACCUUCAAGUGGUGUGAUACAUUCAUCUCACGAGGAUUCAGAUGAUUUGGAUACGUGGUUUGAUGAUGAUCCAUAUGUGCCUGAGCCACCCUUGCAUGACUUGAACCUGGAUAACAGCCCAGUACGAGUGGUGGAUGAAAAACAUGAUGAGGUUUUCUCUACAGCUACUUCCCCUCCAAGAGUUCGGUCAGUGACUCCAACACCUACAAGUGGUAGCUUGGGGAAAAGGUCAUCUCGUAUGAGUGGAAGCAGGAUUCGCAAGAAGCAAGCCACUACCAAGGAUGAUACAAUUGUUGAGCUGGUAUAA